AUGGACAGGGUGCCGCCAACAGCUCCACCUCAGCAGGGUGGCAAUUACGUCUCUGGUGGCGGGUCUGGGAGGUCUAGGGAGUCUGAUGACCGCAAGUUGUUCAUUGGUGGAUUGCCGGGCGCCUGUGAGAAGCAGCAUAUGGACAGCUACUUCUCGCAGUUCGGCCCUGUGGAGCACACGAUGGUCAUGUACGACCGCAACACAGGGCGAUCCCGAGGAUUUGGUUUCGUUGUCUAUAGCCAGCUGACCGACAUGGAGACUUGUCUGGCCAGCGGGCCGCAUGUUCUAUUGGAGAAGACUGUUGACGUGAAGAGGGCCUCUCAGGAUCCCCCAUCGCAUGGGGGGAAAGGAGGUGGUAAGGGCUACAGUGGAGGAAAGGGGGAGUAUGGGGGUAAGGGAGGCUAUAGUGGAGGCAAAGGCAGUGGCGACUUUGGGUACAGCAGAGGAGGUCCCAGUGAGGGCAGCGACAACCCGUGUAAGGUCUUCGUUGGUGGCUUGCCCAAUAGCUGUGACCAAGCACGUUUGCAUGAUCACUUUUCUCGAUAUGGUACAGUGGCUGAAGCCCUGGUGAUGUACGACCGUGAGACCGGGCGUCAUAGGGGCUUUGGUUACGUUAUCUACUCAUCGCCGGCUGACGCUAAUGCGGCUAUUGCUGGCGGCGAUGCAAACGUCAUUGAUGAUAAACAUGUUGAGGUCAAACAUGCUCGACGUGAAGGGUCUCGUGGGAAGGGGAAGGGCCGCCCCAUGGGGUCAUUUGGUGGUGGAGAUGCUGGUGGAUACGGCCAAAGACCUCCCUCAUAUCAGACUGGAGGCUACCGUUCGCCCCAACCGCCCAUGUACAGUGGCAGUGCAUAUCAACAACAGCCUAUGAUGCAGCAGCAGCAGGCUGGCUCUGGGCAAUAUGGUGGUUAUGGCUCCUCAGCUUAUGGUGGUGCUUCUCGACAGAGCGUGGGGGGUGGUGGCUAUGGACCGGCGGCUCCACCUCCUCCUGCAGCUGGUUAUGGAGGCUACCCUCAACAACAGGGUUAUGGUCAACCUCCUCAGUAUAGGGCCAGCCCUUAUUAGCGCUAUGAAAGCCUUUGUACAUUAUUUUUGGGAGGUAUCUCGAGGAGUGGCUUUCUCCAUAAUGAUAGAGUAGCUGUAUUUGAUAUACUCUCGCUAGUGGCUGAUCGCUACUGUGGUGAUUGUCGGUGAUGCGACUAUGGUAUUGUCCCUUUCGCUGUGUCCCGUCGAUGGCGAUAGGCGUUUGCUUGUCGCUAUCGUUGGGGUUAUUUUACGU